UAAUGCAAGCAAGCAAAACACACAGCAGCAUCACAACCCUCACCUGAAACGACGGAACCCGUGUAUCAUACUCAAAUUAAUGUCAAAUUCGUAGGGCAUGCACUUUGUACAUUUGAUAUGAUAUUAACCAACGUUACAGCCACCACGACAAACACAUACAACUGGACUUAACUAUCAGGAAGGUAUGGAUAUAUUAAUGCACCAGCAAUUGAGGGUACACCAGCGCAACGUUUGAUCGAGACUACAGACCAUUAGGUGUGGGCAGGACAACAGAAUCAGAGGUGGAAACAUCACGAGGCGAUGGUUAUUUUCCGUGCAGUACUUCUAGGACACUGGACCUUGAAUUGCGUCCACGUCCACGGGCCAGAAACUGUCUCCUGAGCUUUGCCUUGAGAAAGGUUUAUGAGCUUUUCUCAAAACGGUGGCUGAGCUCACUAGCCAGCAUGGGGUCAGGAAUAACGUCAGGCGAGUGCAGUGAACAAGAUACUCUCAAUGUCAGUGAAAAGUCAGUUUUGGGAUGGUUGUAUACACCCACAGACACCUCCAUCAUAACCAUUAUCAUACCUAUGAUCUGGUGUCUUGGUAUCAUCACUAAUUUGAUUUUUCUAUUUGUACUCUGCCGCGUUCCCAAACUGAGAUCAGAAACCAACACAUACUUGGCACACCUAGCAAUAGCGGAUCUCCUGUAUUUGAGUUUGGGGUCAGCGUUAAACAUAUGGAGUUACACAGCGUCGCGUGUGGCAUUUCACGUUCCCUUCGUGAAUUCAGCUCAGUGCAUCUGCUUUUUCACCAUUGUAAAUACUGGUUACUUUGCUUCUAUUACCUUGGUAACCAUGGUUUCCUUCGAGAGAUACCUCGCUCUGUGCCAUCCAGUGAAACAUCUCAAAGUUCGUGGACGAAGACGAACCUACAAAAUGGUUGCAGUCUGCUGGCUGGUUGGGUUGAUAUUCUCCGUUGCAACCGUUCCAGGUAGUGUUGUUCUUCGUGUACUAUGUUUGCAAUGGCCCGACGUCGAAGAGUUUUGGGACUACCCAACAAGCAUUACAUUCUGUGGUCCUGUAACACCCCAGGUUGAUUUCUUCGUACCACCCCUACUGAAUGUCCCCUGGUUAAUCGCGAUGGUGGCCAAUAUUUACAUGUAUGUGCGUAUCUUGGAGGUGCUUAGCAAACGCAGCAGUAAAAACAGUGGAAUUAACAAACACCACAAAGCCGUUCAAAUCCGAAAUCAAGUAGCCAGAAUGCUCAUCGUAAAUGGCGUGGUAUUCUUCUUGUGCCAGACCCCGUAUCGUAUCUUCAGUCUUGCUGGAUGGAUUUGUUGGUUAGCUCAGAUUCCUAAUCCUUUAGCAGUGGCCCUGGGUAACAAUCAAAUCUGGUUAUCCCUCAUUCCCCAAUACGUCAACGGAAUGAUUAAUCCCUUGAUCUACGGUGCAAUGAAUUCGAUCUAUCGGUCUUCUUUCAGAGAGGCGUUUCAUUGCAACGGUCGAGUCAGACAGCGAGAUACCUCUGCUUUCGCAAUAAGUACAGCUGAUCAGAGUAAGAGUAACGCUACGGUGGAAACCUUAGCCAUCAAUGACAUCACUGAAACCAAACUGUGAUUUCGACAGUAAUUCUUUUGAAAACUGUGCUUUAGUAUAUUGGUCGUUCUUAAUUAAGUGUUCAAAUACAACUGUUUCUUGGUGUCUCUAUAGACGUGUGGAAAAUAAUUUUAACUGUACUUUCUCUUCAAGAAAAAGAAAGCUUUCGACUUGUACUCAGGAAAAUUUUAAGGAAUGCACAGAUUAUCCUGUAGAUCAAUCGUUGUAGAUGUUUAAAUACGUUUCCGCUAUCAUUCCUUUUUACUUGGCUUAGGAUUAGUUUAGAUCAUUGGCUGUAUCCGUAGUUUGGCAAAGGAGUAUGUGUCCGGAUGGCUGGUAUAGACAGAGGACUUGUCAGUCCAAUUCUGUUUUAAUCCAAUGAUUUUUUUCUACUUAAUCAGAUUUUUAGUCCCUCCCCUCCACAUUGAGUCCGAUAUCAUCACAAUACCUUUCCCAUGUGCAGGGACUUCAGCAGUAUUUCCAGCAUGUCUUGCAAUUUUCUGACAAUCAAACCGUUCAUGCGAAACACCCAUUCUUUUCCAAGGCAGGUCAGUCCAAAAGUCAACUUUUUCUAUUAACAUGCUGGAUGGACGCAGGCUUAACACUUGUGGGGCCGUGAACAUGAACCAUGACAUCGAACUGAAAUAACACUCACCUACAGUGCUCAUAUGUUUCUCAAAGAAGACGAAGCCUGAAAAACCGAGUUCUAGAGGGCAGAAUUCGCCCCCCCCUUGUGAGAUGUAUCAAAAAGGCCCAGCUCUUUACGGGUUAAUACGAAACACAUGAUGAGAUCAUCAAUCAUCUUGUCUUUCAAUUAUUUUCCAAUGCAGUUGUAUUUGUAAAGACAUUACUUAUUCCCUUCCUACUUCGCAAGUUCAGGACAUGUAAUAUGGUGUGGUUGGACAUAAGACUAAUCGUGUAUGUAAAAAAAAACUGAUGUGUGAGCAAUAUUUAUUAAUAAUAUCUCAAAACUUGCCUCCUAUGAAAUCUUAUACUUCAGUAUUUCAAUACGCUAAGUAGAGUCUACAUCACUUUUACUUCUUAUGUCCAAAUUAUGUAAAUACGAUUGAAAACCAUACUAGCGAACAAUUAUAACAAAAUUGUGACGACCAAUGAAAUCAAAACUGUGGCUAGUUUAUUACUUCGAUAUAGGCUACAUGUAUAUCAGUUGGAACAUCUGUAAUUAAUAAAGGAGCCAUUUCUCCUGAACUGGAUGAACCACUAAUCAACAUAUUCAACACUUGUCUCCGUGAGGGAGUUUCCCAACCAAGUGGAAAACUGCCGACAUUAUACUCCUAUACUUGCAGAAACCAGUGUUACGUCUUGCAAUCAAUUAUGACCGAUUUCACUGACACCCUAAUUUUGCCAGAGUUUUUUAAUUAUUAUUAGCUGAAUGUAUUAUAGACAUUUCUUUCAAUAUACUGCCAUUUCAUAGUUUGACAAUCUUAUGGGAUGCGCCAUUUGUAUCUUAAAUAUGAAAAUUCCUUUUUGAGGAGCCUUUCAGCUGCCGCUGUUGGUCAUUGUUUGGUUUUGUAAACCAAUAAAUAAUUAAAAUAAAUAAUAACAUGAGGCAUAGCAUCAGUUAUAAUGCAAAGGAGUCGUCACUGCGUUUUUGCUUGCAGCUGUAGAAUCUCUUUCUGUUAAUGACCAAUAAUUGCUCAAAUUUAAACAGCAGACCCUGCCACUUUGCGAAGAGUUGCAAAACAUCAUUUUAAUUGUGAAUGAAUUCUGUUUGUUAUUGGAUUUGCUCUGUAUUUGAUGUCCUCGUAAGGGAGAGAGGCCUACUUUAAUGACAAAUCAAAUAUUCCAUUACAUCCCUUCCACGUCAUUGGCCAACGCACUAAUAGUAAUGGAUUAUAAGGGCACUUACUAAUAAUGCUAACAACCCUAAUUUCCCAUUUUGUAUACAACGCAUGGCCGUUUACUUAAUCCAACAUAAAGUAUAGCCUUGGCCAUCCGAAUUUUUUGCUCUUAACGAACUCGCCAAAGAGGCAUGAGUAAUUCACAUGCGCACUAGACGAGCACCACUACCUCUCAACAUGGGCGUCGCUGGGACUUUGGACAAGGACACGGCAGCAAAACGACAGACACAUUGAAAGGAGCAAACUAUUACACAGUAAGGGCUGAAAACAUAUCAAGUGCCGUAAUCAUCAGUACCUCUACCUUGGCUUAAUCAAAUAAACCCAGCAUCAACGAUUUAUUCACUGAAUCCGAUGUAAUACCCAUAUUUUAAUAUUUGGUAGGGCAAACACAAGGGACGGUUUUCGCCUUUUUUUAGUUUUAAGUUAGUUUUCAUCAUUCAAUGGAAUCAGACCAUAGUGACCUUUUUUGCAGCGUGAAUCUGGGCCCAAAACUAUUUCCUACUUAGAUGAUCUGCCUAAAGCAGGCUACAUGUCUGAAUUGCUUCAUGGCAAUGUGUAUAUACAUGCCAUGUGGUUUUACGUGUGCUUUCCGGCGUUGCUCUUGGAAAAACAUAAAUGGCAGCCGGCGGUUGAAUAGAAUUUAUAUUUUGGACAAAUUGUACAAGUAAAGAAAAAGGAAUAUAACUAUCAAUGGUGAAUGGUAUGUGUAUAAUUACAACUGUUUUGUAGGAGUUCAUCGUACACAAUGCACCAUGACAU